AUGCUGAUGGGACAGCAAUCUGGAUUUACAAAGUACCCAUGUUUCAAGUGCUUGUGGGAUAGCAGAGAUCGUAAAAACCAUUACACCGUCCAUAAGUGGACUGAGAGAAAUUCUUUAGAAGCUGGACAUCAUAAUGUUAUUAACAGUCCAUUAGUAGACCCUAAAAAAGUUUUACUACCUCCUUUACAUAUUCAAUUGGGCAUUAUGAAACAAUUUGUAAAAGCUUUGAGCGAGAGCGAUGAAUUUUUUACAGAAGCCAGAUCGGUGACCUGGUGCACCAGGUCGACGGAAUGUGGUUUGACACUUUUUACACAUUCAGCACAACCUAAUAAUAACGAAAAUUCUCGAAGAAGUUUUCACAGGGGCCAGAUCGGCGACCUGGUGCACCAGGUCGACGGAAUGUGGCAAUCAGACCUUCGGAAAGCGCCUGGCUACGACGGUAUAAACAGCAAAACACUGAAAGAACUUCUCUUAAAAGCAGUGCGGUUCAUCACCAUAAUAGUAAAUGUAUGCCUACGGUUGAAAUUCUUCCCCAGCCAGUGGAAAGUUGCUCAAAUCAUACUGAUAGGAGAGCCUGGAGAACCAUCAGAUCUAGUGACGUCAUACAAGUUUAUCAGUCUUUUACUGUUAUGUUCUAAAAUCUUCGAAAAAGUUAUACUUAGCAAACUGAAGCCGCUGCUAGAAGAAAGACACAUGAUUCCGGAGCACCAAUUUGGGCUCCUCCCGCUGAACGACAGCAACAAUGUUUUUUGUUGCACAGUUCACAAUCACAACUGGGCAACAAAUCUGUUGCAGAAGGAAAUAGCUUCAAAACUUCCUUUGGGAGCUAUACAUAUUAGUCCCCAGAAAACUGUGGAGAUUUUGGCGACGAGCAAGGAGAAUGGUUCCAUCAAGACAUAUGGAGCAGUAAUAUAA